GACUGAUUUAUUGCAGCAUACUCUCUGCACUGUAUAGUGUAUACAAAUAAUGACCAGUGUAGGAUGCAGUAUAUCACCAUCAAACAUCUAAGAAGUAAAUAGUAGGUUGCAGGCUUCAUAUCUGCUAUGGCUGGUGCUAGUGGCAUUGAGGCUUCCGCCAUAAGUGUUUUAAAGAAUGCAGUAGAGUUUGAUACUGGUGGUAGAUUUACUGAAGCCUUGGCGUGCUAUAGAGAGGGGAUACAAUUACUAAUGCAAGUAAUGAAAGCUGGACAGUACCAUGAACAAUACCACAUCGCUAAAGGUUCCACUGGUCACAGCUAUAAAACAGUUUUCAGUAAAUUUAUUGACGAGUUUUUAACAGAAGUACAAGUGGAAGAUCCUUACAUCCGAAACACUCAUCAGAUUUACAAUUUUCUUAGGUUCUGUGAAUUGUUGGUGAUACCACCCGCUAGAGUUCGUAAAAUCAGUCUGGUUACUGGUCCUGAUGAGGUGAAUUUUCAACAACAGAAAAGUAGACUCAAUGAAUUGGUGGAAAGUUUAAUGAAAUAUGAAAUUACGCUGGAGAUUAACUACACAACAUCACUACAUGAUAGAGAAAUCAGGUUCAAUAAUGGCUGGAUCAUAAAAAUUGGAAGAGGACUGGAUUAUUUCAAAGCUACAGGAAGAUUUGCUAUUGGAUUCUGUGAUUUUGAUCUCAGAGAAUGCCAUGAGACAACUGUAGAUAUUUUUCACAGCAAACAUACCAAGUCUUCUGCCUCCACAUAAUGAUUCUACAUCACACACGAAAAAAAAAACUAUUACUUCUUGUCCUUGAAAAUUGAAGUAAUACAGUGGUGCAGGUCUCAAACUAUCACACAAUCACGAAAAGCAAAACAUUUUUUUAUUUGGCAUAAUUAACUCUAUGGUCUUUUACACCUUUCCAAAAUAUAUGGCGCCCUCUAGAGCCCAAUAAUGUUUCAUAUCAACAAUCUAACUUGGUUGUAUAGUCGUUCACCAUUCAAAAUGUGGCAAAUGUAUUUUCGAUAAGGUACUGUAUAUAAAAAAUAAAUGCUAGAUAAAUUCUAGUCUUUUUGGAAAGGUGCAUCAGGUUCAAAACAAAUAUUGAAAUUUUUUUUUAAUGAAUUUUUGAAAAGGAAAAAAUCUAAAUAAAAUCGCAAUUUUUAUGAACAUAUUAAAAUUAAACAUUUCAACAACAUUUCUGCAAUUGCCCAGAAACUUCUUUUAUUUUCAGAGCCUUGGUGAUAGAACUUUUGACAGUUUUUGAAAUUGCAACAGGAAUUAUGAAGUCACUUGACAACUCAGAGAACCUGACAGUCACUGCCCACAUUUGUUUGUAUUGUCAAAUAUGCAAUUAAAAAAUGAUGUUAAUAAAUAUAAAUGAUUUUUAAUAUGUUUGAAAAGAUUUUGAAUAAAUGCAAAUCAGUUUUUUAAA